AUGGCAGACCCCAGCCCAACAAGUUCUGGGACCACAACCCCCAUCAAGCCAUCUCCUGCCUCGCAAGACUUACCCACUGCUGAUCUUGCACCAUUACCACUUUCUCAACCACAACCACAACCUCAAGCUCAAGCCGCAGCAGACCCUGAGAAGAAGGCUGGUGCACCUCCGGCGUACACGGCCUUUUCCCCAUGGCGCAAACGCUUCAUCUUGACCGUGGUCACCAUCGCAGGUUGCUUUGGUCCCCUCGCAGGCAACAUCUAUCUGCCAGCGUUGCCUGUGUUGGAGAAUGAAUUCAAUGCCAGCGCAACAGCCAUCAACGUGUCCGUGUCAGUCUUCAUGCUGACAUUUGCCAUCGGUCCCCUCUUCUGGUCGAGUUUUGCCGACUGGAAGGGUCGCAGGUCAUUGUACAUCAUCUCCGUCGCCAUCUACAUUGUUGCCAAUAUUUUGCUUGCUGUAGUGCCGGCGAAUUAUGGAGCUUUGGUGUUCUUGCGCAUUGUCCAGGCUUUUGGAUCCGCCGCUGUGGUGUCGAUGGGUGCUGGAACAGUUGCAGAUGUCACUGAGCCAAAGAAACGUGCGACAGCAAUGUCCAUAUUUCUGAUCGGCCCUCAAUUGGGUCCCGUUUUGGGUCCUGUGCUUGGAGGUGCCCUCAAUACCGCCUCUUGGCGCUGGAUCUUUGGCUUCCUCGCAAUCUCGGGCUUUGUCCUCUGGCUUGUCAUUAUUUUCUCACUCCCCGAGACUCUCAGGGCGAGGGUGGGAAACGGAAAGCUGUAUACCGAUUCCCGUGUUAUCUUCUUUCCUCCGAGAUUGUCCUCGCCUCUGGCUCCUGAGUCAGAGAGGGGCCCCGCACCGCCCAAGCCAACUCUUCUCGGAUACUGGAAGCUAUUCUCCUACCCUCCCAUUGGCAUUGUCACAUUCAACACAGCCAUGCUGUACUCGACAUAUUUCGCCAUUGCCGUGCAGCUCCCCACCGAGCUUUCAGACCGUUACAACUGGUCCACCGCUGGCGUCGGCGCAGGUUUCCUGGCUGUCGGUGUCGCCAUGAUUAUUGGCUCUAUGAUCGGUGGUCGCGUGUCAGACUGGAGACGUGCGCGUGCCGUCAAGGCAUCCCCGGACAAUCACGUCGACCCCGAAAACAGAUUGUCAGAUCAGAUCUGGGGCGUCCUGAUCUGUGCCGGUGGAUGUUUGAUGUACGGCUGGCUUGUCGACAAGUCAAUCCAUCCUGCCGCUGUCCUUGUCGCAACAUUCCUGACUGGCUUCGGCAUGAACUGGGUGUUUGUGGCCACAACAGCCUUUUUGACCGAGUGUGUCCAACAACAGGCUGCCGGUGCCUUCGCUCUCGGAAACAUGCUCCGCAAUCCCGGUGCUGCUAUUGCAGCCCUCGUGAUCCCAUCUCUUGUUUCAAAGAUGGGCAACGGAUGGUGUUUCACUGGUCUGGCGCUUCUUGACCUUGUGCUUGUCGGUUCAGCAGUAAUUGUUCUGCGGAUAAAGUCUCCAGGAUGGAGAGCAGCACGAAAGGCCAGGAUGGCUGCUAUGGCAGCAGCAAAGCAGGGCGGUCCUAAAUAA